ACAAAAUGACACACAAGCUCUAAUGAAGAUUCUACAAGACCGCCAAAACGCUUUGAUUGCUACCUUAGACGGCCUGCUUGCAGAACAAACAACAGCAAAUGAAGACGAGAAAAAAGAAAUCAACGCCAACAUCCAACAAGUCACUGAAUUGAAACAUCAGUGUGAAACAACGGAAGAGAAAAACUUAGAAAAAUUGAUAUUAGAAAGCUACGAAAAUUUACUAGAAGUUUGUAAAACUACAGCGCACAACAAGUCCGUCUUAUCGACCAAACCAGUCAAUAACUCAAGUAUUCGUUUCAUUCCAAACCCGGAAUUUCUUCCCCUAAUGCAAAAAGUCAAACUCGGCGAUGUAGCAGAAAGCGUGACAGAUCCGUCAUGUUGUUCUAUGCACUCUUCAACAAAGAUCAGAUGUGGUUUUAUCAAUGAAGUUCUUGUUUUGACAAAAAAUUCACAAGGAAAUGCAUGCCACACCAGUAAAGGAAUGAUUGAUGUUCAAAUCCAAGAUGUCGACGGCAACAAUGUGCAGAAAGAACUGACCGAAACUGAAACUGGGAAAUUCCUCGUAAAACACAAAGUAGAGAAACGCUCACUUUAUAAAGUUGUGGUGAGUAUUGGAGGAAAGGAAAUCAAAAACUCACCACAGAACAUUGAGACAAUCGAUGCUAAAGCAGAAUUUGAAUCCUUGGCGAUAAUUGAUGUCAAAGAGAGGAUGUCCGGCCCUAUUGCACUUGAUGUAAGUCAUAGUGGUGAUAUUGCUGUGGUUAAUAAUUCCUAUUUUGAAAAGGAUUUCCGUGUUGUGUUGUUCAAUGCUGAUGGAGAGUAUUUGCGAGACAUUGGUGGUGCAGGAUCAGGAGAUGGUCAGCUGAGUGAUCCAACUGGAGUCAUCUUCAAUGAGGAUAAAAUAGUGAUCACCGAUAAUCCAGGUGAUCGUGGCUGUAUCAAGGUAUUUGGCAUCGAUGGUAACUACAAAAGAACUCUUUGCAAACUACCUGAAGGAAUGAUGUUGCAAAGAAUGUGUACAGUCAAUCAAACUAUGGCGUGUUUGUAUUACAAUAAGAAUAGAAAAGAGACAUUUAUUAAAUUGUUUGACAUACACAGUUGUGAUCACCUUCAUGACAUCAAACUUGAUGUUCCUGAUGAUGUUCAUGGGAUGCCUGUCUCAUUAGCUUAUGACAACAAUAAGUACUUUGUAUCGUUUUAUAGUAUGAGCAUUGUUUAUGUUUUUGACGAGAAUGGUGGUCUACUGUACACGAUUGGAAUGAAAGGCAACAAAAAAGGUCAGUUUAACGGUGUAAGUGGACUUGCCGUGUUUGGUAAAGAAAUGCUUCUUGUCUGUGAUGGAUAUAAUCACCGCGUACAAGUCUUCAGUCAAGACGGUCAGUUCAUAAAUUCCUUUGGUAGUAAAGGUGCAGGUCUUGGUCAAAUGAAUGAUCCGUAUGACGUUUCUGUUACACCAGAAGGUCGAGUAUUUGUGCUUGAAUGGAAUGGCAAACGAGUGCAGGUGUGGAGAUGA